AUGGCGGAGAGGCCGAUAGCAAGACAGCGACGCACUAGUGGCAUGGAGACGGACAGCGGGGCGACGACAGGAGCGACGACAGUCCGGCGGCUCCACCUCCGCGUCCGCCUCCUCCUCCUCCUCUCAUUCCCCUCCCUCUACCUCUUCCUCUCGAGCUCGAGCUCGAGCUCGAGCUCAAGCUCUUACCUUUUCCAUUUCCUCGCUGCCCUCUCCCUCUCCUCGGCCCUCCUCCUCGUCCUUGCCCUCUCGCUCAAUGUCGUCUCGUGCCGCUCCCUCCGCCUCCUCCUCUCUCGCUCCUCCACAUUCCUCCUCCCUCGUUACCACCGCGGGGCCGGCAAAAAGCCUGUGUUUUGGUCCAUUGGAUCAGCGGAGAAGCCGAAAUCGGAUAAGAGACCGAGUUCAGGCUCUUGGGUGCAAGUUUAUAACAAUGGGGAUGUGUAUGAGGGGGAGUUUCAUAAAGGGAAGUGCUCGGGGAGCGGGGUGUACUAUUACUAUAUGAGCGGGAGGUAUGAAGGAGACUGGGUUGAUGAGAAGUAUGAUGGGUAUGGGGUUGAGACUUGGGCGAGGGGGAGUCGGUAUCGAGGCCAGUAUAGGAGGGGGUUGAGACAUGGGUACGGGAUUUACCGGUUUUAUACAGGGGAUGUGUAUGCCGGUGGGUGGAGUAACGGGCAGAGCCAUGGGUGUGGUGUGCAUACAUGCGAGGAUGGGAGCCGGUAUGUUGGAGAGUUCAAAUGGGGAGUCAAGCAUGGGCUUGGGCAUUACCAUUUCAGGAAUGGCGACACCUAUGCUGGAGAAUAUUUUGCAGACAAGAUGCAUGGUUUUGGAGUUUAUCAUUUUGCAAAUGGGCAUCGAUAUGAGGGAGCAUGGCAUGAGGGAAGAAGACAAGGCUUGGGAAUGUACACAUUUAGAAAUGGAGAGACCCAAGCUGGUCACUGGCAAAAUGGUAUCCUUGAUAUUUUAAGCACACAAAACACUUUUCCUGUGUCUCCAAUUGCUGUGAACCAUUCCAAAGUACUCAAUGCUGUUCAGGAAGCACGAAGAGCAGCAGAGAAAGCAUUUAAUGUGCCGAGUGUGGAUGAAAGGGUGAAUAAAGCAGUGGCAGCAGCAAAUAAAGCAGCCAAUGCAGCGAGAGUUGCUGCAGUUAAAGCUGUGCAAAUGAGGACUUCUGGAGUUGGUGACGAUAUCCCAAUUCCAAUUGUGUGAGGCAUUUUCUUUCACAAUAAUGAGACAAUUAAUACACUAUCGAUAGGAUUGCAGCAAUUUCUUUAUUUGCUUAGGUGCUGGAAAAAUAGAAGAAAUUUUCCUACUCUACGACCUUUAGAGUUCUCUCUCUCCCUGAAAAUUCUCUCCUCUUGUUUUGGAUGUGCUAUGAGAAAUUCCUGCAUUGAGCCAUUUUUCAGUUGUCGAAGAUGACUGAUUCCGAUGAAUAAUAGGCGUUUUUAAGUUUUUCGUCUGUAAUAUGCGAACAUGACCAGUAUUAUUACUCGUUACCCCCUUCAUCAUUUGUAAAUGGCUGUUGUAAAAUUGCUGGCAUGUAGUUGAAGUCCAUGCUAUUUCUCUAUGUUGUAUGUCAAAGGUGACUAUUUGAUCGAUGUAUAAGUAAGAGCAUUUGGUAUGUUGCCGUUUUACUUCA